GCGCGUUGCACUGAACCUCUGGUUAUCGAACUUAUCACUUCUCUUCGAGUCAAAUCAGCCUACAGCGCAGCUAUUAUCACCAUGUUCGCCUCCAAGUCGACCCUGUUCUUUUCCUUCCUGGCUCUCUGCAACUUUGUUGCUGCGGAGACGCCUGGCUGUUUGCUGUCUGCUGUCGGCAAUCAGUCCGACCCUUCUGAUCUGGCCAGCCUCUGCGGACCCCAAUCUGGAAAGCUCCAGACCCUGAUCACCAAAAAGUGCGACGAUACUGCCCAAGUCGCGAUGCAGGCUUAUUCUAGCAUUUGCUCUUCCGCGGGACACAAAGUCGUCAUCACUUCCUCCAAGGCCGAGUCUACGACCGAAUCUAAGACCGCUUCUGCAUCUGGCACCGGAGCCGCUAGCACUGGCUUUGUUACGAAGACUUCCAGUGCCACCGCUACUGGCUCUUCCACCUCUCAGUCUGGCUCCAGCUCUACUUCCUCCAGCUCUACUUCUUCCGGCACUUCCUCGUCUGGUUCUAGCUCUCCCGUGGCCAGUGGUGCGGCGUCCGCUAGCGAAGUUGGCUCUGCCGCUUCCUUCGCGGCUGCUGUCUUCCUUGGCUUCGCUGCUAUGCUGUAAAUUCAGUUGCCCCUUAUGGUGCCUCUAUUUUUCAGAUAUAUGGAGAGAUUUGUGAACACAAUGGAUGUCUGAUGUUGCGACUCCGUCCGAUAGCAUGUGAGAUGUGGAUAUCUCUUUUAUCUUCACGGCUGUCUCUAGUACAAGAGACAAAGCGCGCGGAAGAUGUUUCAUAGAUUCUCCAACGACAGACACUGUACAGACUUGG